AUGGGCUUGGCUGUGUUGCCGCCGGAUCCCGAGGACGAGGUCGUGCAAGCCGAUAUCUACGACGACGACGAAGAAGACAGUGACACCUCAGAGCACCAAGAUGGCGGUCGGCCGUCAAAACGGCGCCGACUGUCCUCUUCGUCUCGACAGAUUGCGCUGCCGGGAGAGGUCAUUACAGAUGAUACGCAAUGGAUGAGAGGACAUGGUACCUUCAUGCCCGAGCAGUCAACCACCAUGAUCGCAACCCUCGCGGGAGCCCUCAAAAAGACAAACAAAUUACUUUCCGUGGCCCCUCUUCGCGCGAGAUACACGCCGGAAAUCGGAGACUUGGUGGUCGGUCGGAUCGUGGAAGUCCAAAAGAGCCAGUGGAAAGUGGACGUCGCGGCACCGUUAUUGGCACAAUUACCCUUAUCGUCCAUCAACCUCCCGGGAGGCGUCCUGAGGCGGCGCACAACGGCCGACGAACUCCAGAUGCGGAAUUACUUCCAGGAAGGAGACUUGGUCGUAGCGGAAGUCCAACAGUUGAGGAGCAGUGACGGCACGGCAAACCUGCACACCCGCAGUCUGAAAUACGGCAAGCUGCGCAAUGGCAUGUUCCUGGCGGUGACGGGGACCGGGGGCGGCGGAGGCGUAGUGCGCAGUCGAAGACAGGUCUUCACGGUUAACAGCGGCGCCCAAGGCGGGGGCGACGUCAACGUCAUCCUCGGGGUGAACGGAUACAUCUGGCUGAGCAAGCACAUGGAGCAGGCCGAAGACCAGGGCCGGAUGACGAGUGGCGGGGUCAGCAUUUCCAACCUCGACGACGUGGUCAGCAGCGCCAUCUACUCGAGCCAGAACGACGACAUUGGCGAGGGCACCCGACGGGAGAUCGCGCGGAUCGCGGAGUGUAUCAAGAUCCUGGCCGAGGACGGGGUGCGGGUCGACGAGGACAGCGUGCUCAAGGCGUACGAGGCCGCCGUGGACGCCGAGAUGAACGUCAUGACGGACCAGGAGGCGGUCGCCACCAGUUUCAGCGACGAAGUCCGGAAGAGGAUCCUCGAUGCGGCGCUCCAUUGA